AUGACUGUCCAGAACUGGCAAGAAGUGUCCAAGGCCAAAUGUGCGGCGGUGUCCAAGCUCGUGGAUCCAUGGCUGCCCCCCGACUUCGUCGACGACGACAAACUGUUGAAUGUCAUGGACAUCCCAGCAAAGUACCUUUCCCGCACAGACAAUGAGAUCACCCUGAUGACUGCUACGGAGCUGGUGGAGAAGAUGAGCUCGGGAUCCUUGAAGUGUGAAGACGUUGUCAAGGCCUUCUGCAAGCGUGCUGCAUUGGCCCACAAGCUUGUCAAUUGCCUGACUGAACCCAUAUUUGAAGCUGCAGUGGCCAGAUCCAAAGAGUUGGACAUCUACUAUGCCGAGCAUAAGAAGCCUUUUGGCCCGUUGCAUGGUCUUCCUAUUUCGCUCAAGGAUACGUGCAAUGUCAAGGGCGUUCCUACAUCACUGGGAUACGUGGGACAAGUCGACCGGAUUGCUCAACGGGACUCCAGCCUGGUGGAAAUCCUGAAAGCUGCUGGAGCUGUGAUCUUUACCAAAACAAACCUGCCUACCGCUAUAUUUGGAUCCGAGACUGUGAACAAUCUGUUCGGGAGGACGACCAAUCCGCGGGGCCGGAACAUGACCUGUGGAGGCAGCAGCGGCGGCGAAGCAUCACUUAUAGCUUUGCACGGCAGUCCGCUCGGCUUUGGGACGGAUAUUGGAGGGUCCAUUCGCAGCCCUUCACACUUCAGUGGUCUCUACGGACUUCGACCAAGUCAUACUCGCGUCCCCCAUCAAGACGUGGUCACCUCGAUGGAGGGCCAGGAGACGAUCCACACAGUCAUUGGGCCCAUGGCCAAUUCGCUCCAAGACAUCGAACUCGCCAUGCGAGUGGUUGCCGAUGCAAAGCCCUGGCUUCUGGAUCCAAAAUGCGCCCCGAUCCCCUGGCGGGAUGUGGAAGUCCCGCGAAAGCUAUGCGUUGGAGUGAUGUGGGAUGAUGGAAUCGUACAGCCACAACCUCCUAUCCAAAGAGCAUUGAAGCACGUCGUGGAGAGCUUGGAGAAAGCUGGACACCAGAUCAUCAACUGGGAACCCAUGCUGCAGAAGGAUAUCGUCAAUGUGUGGGAAACCUUGUUCGUCAGCGAUGGAGGCCAGGACAUCACGAUUGAGCUGGGGAGAAGUGGCGAGCCUGUCCUACCGCGGAUUCAGAGGAUCCUCGACAAGGCGCAUCCGCUGUCGACGUUCGAAACGUGGCAGCUCCAACAACGCAAAUCAGCCAUUCAGAAGGCAUAUCUAGAUCGUUGGAAUGCCACCUUACAACAGUCCAUGACUGGACGGCCGAUGGAUCUGAUCUUGACCGCUGCAAAACCCACGAUAGCCACCACUCAUGAUCAAGCACCAGUCUAUGUUGGAUAUGCCGGCUUCGUCAAUCUGCUGGACUAUCCUUCGGUCGUCAUCCCCGUUACUGAAGUGGAUCCAGAGAUUGAUGCUCCAAAGUCAUCAACUCGACAGGCUUGGAACCUGGACGACGAACAGAACUAUGCAGCAUAUGAUCCGGUGGUUAUGAAGGGGAUGCCGGUGGGCCUCCAGCUGGUGGGCAGGCGACUUCAUGAAGAGAAUCUCCUGGCAGGUGCUCGACAAGUCCUGGAGUCUUUGGGGGCAUGA